AUGGCGAACUUGAUGAUCUAUCACAGCAUUCUCCGAGCGAAUGACUCUAGUCUGGUGGAAAACUUGGGGGCCAUUCAAGACCCGCAGUUCUCGUGGAAUGUCGACGUCGCCGCCGGAGCCACGGUUGUCGCACAAGUGCAAGAUUCGACUGGAGCUACAGCGCUCUCGAAACUUUUGACGAUUCAACCUAGUGCUGACGGUUGUGCUCUGAAAACGCUCUUGGUCUCUCGGCUUGUGCAAAACCAGACCACCUCUGACUCUGCAGUGGCAUUAACGUCUACGACGGUGUCUUCUACAACCACGACCAUCUCGUCGGCGGCAUCCACGACGGUCACUCCAACUAUAUCGCAAGCAAGUUCCAGCAGUAGUUCAGACGCGUCGCCGCAGUCCACGUCUAGUGUGGACACAUCAUCCAGCGCUACCAUCCUGUCUUUUGCAACUCCGACUCCACCUACAUCGAGCUCUCUUGUGUCUAGUGCUGUCACUCAGAUCUCGAGCUCUCUCACUUCCACUGGAAUCGUACAAACCACGACCGCUACAACUGAUGGCACAAAAAUUACCCGCAGUCUGAGCAGUGUUGGGUCACCGAUUCCAACGGCUCCCACCUUUGCGGUGGUCGCACCUCUUUCGAUCACACUGACUGCGACGCAACCCACGAGGUAUCCGCAUCGCGUUCGUUCUUCUAAUGUACUGUCUCAUGCUUCCGCGUUCCAGUCCCACCUCCAUUCCUCCAGUGACAAUCGCUUCAUCGCCGGCAACCAUACAAUCGCCGACAGCGGUGUCAUUCACGACAUUGGUGUCACCGUCGGCAACCGUGCCUUCGCCAACAGCCGUGUCAUCAGUUACAGUUCUGCCGCCGCCGACAAUUGUCUCGACCACUUCAAUAGGGACACCUGCUACGGAUGUCGCUGGAACGAUCAUGGAGAUGGCGAGCUCAACGGCGUAAGCACACUCGACCAGCCAGCUAUCCGUGCAGACCUGACCAAAGCCAUCCGGUCUCCCAUCGGUCUGAUCUUGGGUCUCUUGCUUCCCAUUCUGCUCAUUUCGAGAGUCGUUGGGCUCGUCAUGCUAAGGAGGAGGAGGAAGCAACGAAUUGCUGAUCUGGAAGACGGCCCGGGUAGAACGCCGACUUGGUUUAUGCAGCCUGCUUACCACGGCAAUGCCCAGACACUCAGCACGAACCUUGCACCCGGGAUCCCACCUCCCGUUUCCUUCGACACGCAGCACUCUGGGAACGUGUAUCGGCCGACGCGAGUGCCGGCGAUCAGGGUCACGACGGCCAGCAGCGGUUCAUUCUCUCGCGCAUCUGCGCACGAAUACCCCAGCCCGGCGUCUAUUUAUUCGACGGAAUCCCAUGCGCCAUCGAUUGCGUACCGGCCUAAUGGACCUUUCGUGCCUCCCAUCGUCACUGACACGGACGCUGCCUCGGAGUCCAGGGACGAGAAUUUUCCUGAUUCGGCAGUCCUGGCGCCGUCGCCAAUGACUAUGAAGUCGAAUCCAGCACUCGAAUCGAUGGGGCAGAUGGCUUUCAGGUUCCCGCCGCCCAAUGCGGCCAAUCUCCAACCCGGACAUGCUUAUUUGUAAAGUCCGGGUUUGUGUUCCUGUAUUUACAAUGGAUUAUUGAUUACAUCAUUGUUGGUUAUCUAUUCCUAUCUUUUGUACACACGCCUCUAGGAUGCUCGACUUGACCGACGGUCCGACGCUCGACUUAUCAGCUCCAUUCAUCAAAUCAAGGACCCAUAGGGUGGCGAAACACUUCGUCGAUCGACCCUCUCCCCGUCGCUGUCCACUUCUUAGUGUCCCCUAGAUACGCACUCGGUCCCCUCGCCCGGAUUGCACCCGGUGCUUCUGCCACACACAUACUUGCACAUAUGCGUCGUAUGUUUCAGACAGCAGGCGUCGCCACCGCGGGGCCCGCGUCCGGGAGACACCGCGGUGCGCGCCACUUGUCAUGGGAGGGGCGGCUGUGUGCUUACCGGCGUCGAGUGUCACAUGUACCUACAGCCAAGAUGCGAACCCUGUCGUGUGCGCCAGAUGGAAUGGGGGGACCUGGAUGGGAUGGGCUGCAGGCUG